AUGUGGCUUCCGCUGCCAUCAACCGACACCCUGACGCGGCCACGCAUCGCCGUGGUCCUCUUCUCUGCUGUCGCCGCGGCGUCUCUGGGCUACUACACCUACCAGGCCAACAGAGACCAGUACGAUGAGGUCCCAGGCCCAGGCCUUCACCGAAGCAAUGCCGUCCGCCGGAACCACAGAAGAUCACGUCGCAAUUCACUCUCCUCCGAAGGCUCCCAUGGCGACGAGAAUGUCGAUCUCGACGCAGAGCGUCCUGCGAACGACGCCGAUACGAUAGUUGACGGCGGGACGGUUGACGAAUGGUGGAACGACCCUAAUAGCAUGCAACCCCAAGCGCGAGCUGGUCACAACAUCGUCAGUCUUCUGUUUAGGGUAUCGGAGGACAAUGCCAGGCGAAACGCGUGCGUCCAUAGAGGAUGCGCAUGCAAUGCCUGCGGCAUGGUGCCCAUCCGCGGUGUCCGAUACCGAUGCGCCAAUUGUGCCGACUUUGACCUCUGCGAAACCUGCGAAUCCCAAGGCGUCCACAUCAAGACUCACAUCUUCUACAAGAUCAAAGUGCCCGCCCCGCCCUUUGGACCCCGCCAGAUGCAGCCCGUUUGGUACACCGGUGACCCUGAUACACAAAUACGGAAUCUAUCUAAAGGCUUGAUGGCUAGACUUAGCAGGGAAACCGGCUUCGAAAGGCCCGAGAUUGAAGCUUUCUGGGAACAGUUUACGUACAUGGCGAACACGGAAUGGCGCGAGGACCCCGACGAGCUGGCGCUGGCCAUGGACAAGAAGACCUUUGAGCGAUGCCUAGUUCCAUCGGGUGGCUCUAGACACGCAACACCAAACCUCAUCCACGACCGCAUGUUCUCGUUCUAUGACACCAACAACGACGACCUCAUUGGCUUCACAGAGUUUCUCCACGGUCUUGCAUACCGCAAACGCAAGGACAAGCUGCGCAAAAUCUUCGAAGGCUAUGAUAUAGACGGAGACGGUUUUGUCAACCGCCGCGACUUCCUACGUAUGUUCCGCGCAUACUACGUCCUCUACAAGCAGAUGCACCGCGACAUUCUUGACGGACUCGACGAUCAGCUUAUGGGCAGCACCGAAGCACAGCAGCUCGUCACUAGUAGACAACCCCUGAGUAGCCUGUUUGGCCGAGAGGGUAGAGUGCCUCGCGCUGAUGGCAAUAACCGCAGUGAGGGCAAGAUCUUCCACCCAAAUGGAGAUGUGGAGCUGGAACCGGGUAGGCGUGGUGUCGUGAGCGACAAUAGGGUCGAUACCUCAGGACGAGAGGAUGUGCUUACUCGGCUGUUCGCGCCUUACAUUGGAAGUCCCUGGUCUCUCCAAAUGCGAUCUCCUGAUAGCGAGCCUGACACGCCAUACUGGGAUGCUCUGCUGAACCCGCCUACCACCAUUGACGACCUUCCUGCUCUGCUUACUGGGCAACGUCGUGAACGCAAUGGCAUUGAUUUCGACUUUGAGAUUGAGAUGGGCAGCUCAGAUGGUGAAGAAGGAGGUAACAACAAUUCGGAUGCGGAGAACAGGAGUCAACCAGGUGACGACCCGGCACAAGUCAACGGCACCACAAACCACAAUCAGAGAGUUGAUCCCGAUCAGUUCACCAACGCAAUGCCUACCGAGAGCCAGCUCAGAGCUCAGGUUAUCAACCACAAGAGGCAGAUGGCCCCCGAUAUCGAGCGGAAAAGGCGGCAAGCGGCUAGAAAACAGUUGCACGACAGAUGGAAGAGAAGGCAGUUUUACCUUGACGAAGAAGAGGGUGGCCUUGCCCCCGAUGGCUGGCAAUCCGAUGAAGAUAUCUUGGUGAACCUCAAUGGUGUUGCGGAAAGCUCAAAGGCGGCACAACAGCAGACAUUACCUCCUCGAUCUCGAUCGUCGUCAAAGGUUCGCUUCGCAGAAGACAUGGAUGACUACGAGAUCCGAUCCAAUCCCUCGACAUCUUCUAGGAGCGUGCCCGAGCGUUGGGGAGGCAUGGAGAUUCCUGAUGAGGAACGCGACGCAGGCAGGGAGAUCCUCUACCAGGUCACGCAGCAGGCCUUCAACGAGCUCCUUGAUGCUAUAUUCAAGGACAAGGAGAAUUUGGCCGUCAAGGCAGCUGCGACCAAGGCAAAACGAGAUAAGAACAGGCCCCUGUUCGAGCACUUGACUGUCGCUGAGCCGAAGCGCAAGGUGGUCGAGCCACGGCAACCGAGAAAGGCCCUAGACGAGGAUAAACCUGUUGCCGAAAGAACCCUGGAAGAACUUCUGAUGACUAGCGGUUACAGAAUCGGGGAGAAUGGCGAAACGGAAAACGUUCCCAUCUCAGAAGAGCGUCAGAGGGUGGAAGAAGUCAUUGACUCGGAUGAGGAUGAUGUUGAGGUGAAUGAAGACAACGAGGAAGACGUCUCGACCGUGGAGGAAGUGGAGUAUCGGGACCCUACUAUGCCUCAAUUCCGUCCGAAUAGCGAGGCGGAUGAGCCUAUGUCUCCUGGAAGCACCCCGCCCACUUCAGACGACUCCUCGUUGUCGACUAAGGGACUCAAGUCGCCCUUGCAGGGAAAGACACCGAAGUCUUCCAAGGAGUCAAAAACCAUUCCGCACUUUACGCUGCUGGAAUGGAAACGGCUUGAUUUAGCCGAGAAGGAAGCUGCCGAUCGCGGCGGCUGGGGCAAGCUCAGCUUCGAUGAGUUUGAGGAAAUCUACAAGAGCCAGGAGAACGCUGGUAAUCGUCUGGACUACCUUGGUAGCUGGGUCGACUUUUGCAUCCCCUAG